AUGUUGAACCUCUCUCUCCUGAGCCGAGGCCAUGGGAAAUUGGUCCAGAGCAAACAGAAGUUGGAAGUCUAUUUUGAACCAGAGGAUUACUUGAACUGGAAAUCCCCAGAAGACUACAUCCUGGUCAGCAAACCUCAGGAUGAUGGCAGUGCUGACCAGCACUGCUGGAACCUCUUUCUUCCAAAGACAUUCAGCACCAGGAAGGGGGCUCUCAUCCUCUAUUCAGAAGGCUUAGCUAUGUCAUCAUGGCCGUCCCAAGAGAGAAGAGGACCCUACCGCCCCAAAAGUCACAGAAAGAGGCUGGAUCCUGAACUGCACACACUUCAAGACCUCAAAAAAGCCAUCUUGGCAUAUGGACGGAAACAGAGGGAACAGGACAUUGCCUGGCAACCUUACCUCUACUUCCGAAGUCAGCCCGGGAUCCAGGCCCAACGGCAGAUCCAGCCUGGUUAUUCAGCCAAGAGAUACCUGCGAGGACUCUUGAGGACAUGGACCCCCAACACCAUGUACAGACUCCAGUAUGCAGGAUACAUCAAGGAUUCUGUGCUGCUCCAGGACAGAAUUAAUGUGCCAAAGAAUCGCAGGCCACAGCAGGAUCUUUCAAGUGUACCCCCCAAAUACCAUCUCCUGCCUGUCUUCCCUCCAUUUUGGAUUCAACAAGGAAAACCUUUUGAUCAAGGUCAACAGGGCCUGGAUGAAGAAGAAGUUGGGCCUGCUCAAUAUGUGGAUCAUAGCUCUACGGCCCAGAACCAUGGCAGUCAGGGGACUCACCUGCUACCACUCAGGAAGCAGCCCCAGCAAGAAGAUGAAGCCCGGGCCGAGGAUACAUCAACAGGGAAUCACCUUUGUAUUCACGCUUCAGAGGAAAGCCACAAUGCAAGCACACAGCAAACCUGCAGGAAGGCCCUUGGGCAUGCCCGCAUCGGUCAUUCUCAGUUCCUGAGUGACAAAUCCCACAUCACAUUUUAUGGAGGCGCUUUCCCCAAUAGAAAGGCAGAUCUCAGCGACAAACAAAGGAACAGGAAACCCAGCCAGGCCAGAGGUGGCCACUUGUCACAGGAGCCUCCUGCUGAAGGAUGCCUUCUCCCUCCUAUACCAUCUGCCACUGGCUUAGAACAAAACACACCUGCCGAUGCAAAGAAAACCAAGGCACCAAAGACUUUGAAAUUACCUCCGGUCUCAAAAGAACUACCCGGAGUUCUUGACCCCCUGAGAUGCCAAUUUAAAGCCAAUGAACCCCCAACAGAGCUAUUCAUCAUCCCAAUGGAGCUUCAUUUCCACACUCAACACCCCCCAAAAGAAAAAGCCUGCAGAAGAGGUGCUCUGCGUGAUGAGCCAAAAACAGAAAUGGAAGAGGCCAAGGUUUUAUGGAGGCCUCCUCUGAAGCAUACAUCAGUAGCAAGGCCAAAGGGUAUAACCGUGCACAUCCCAGUGGAAAUGCGUGUAGAGUCACCCUUGUCUCAAGAUGAAGAUGGUCUGUCCCAGACUGGGACUCCCCCACUGGAUCUUCUACCUCCCAUCAAAGGAAAAAGAAGCCCAGAGAGCCAGGGGGACCUGAUCAGCCCCAAAACAUCAGACUGCAACAUCCCCACGUGUCCCGUAAAUGUGGGGGCACUGCCAGCAGUUCAAGAAGAUUCCAGAGAUCCCACACUGGGAUACUGCUUGCUGGAUCCGGUUGAAGAAAACAUCUGCCUAUCCCUCCCGAGGCUCAUGCGCACAGAGGCGGUCUCACUGGGGGCAGCAGCCUAUGAAUCUGUCCAUUCACAUAUCAGUCAUGCAGAGGAAGGGCCAAACAGUCAGCAUCUCCUGAAAGGGAAGAUUCCCCCUAAAACCAAUCUUCACAUGAGUCUUUAUGAGGCUUCACCUUUGACCCAAACAACAGAGAAGCAGGGAGCCAGGCAGUCCUUGGAGGCAGCAGCUCAGAAGACGGGAGAGCCUCAAAGUUGUAUAAAUAAAGAGCUGAUAUGUUCAAACGAAACCGAAGUUUACACGUGCAAGCUGCACAUCGACAUGAUGCCGUUCCUGAAGGGAAGUGAAGAUAAACUGGACUCUCAUGAAGAACCAAGAGGAACCCUCAAAGAAAGUGAUGAACUCAGCCCAGACUCGGAGACAACCAGUGUAACCUUUGACCCUCUUAGUGCUUCCCAAGCUGAACCCAUCCAGACCCCUGAGGCUGUGAGAAACAAGGGCAGAGAUAAUGAUGGAUACCAUAUACACAGAAGACUGCCAGGACCUGGCCUUGAGUCACCAGGGCAGUUGGGCAGUAUGGACACAUUUCUUCUUCCAAGAGUAAGAGAAGGGAAGACUGCACCACGAUUGUCCAACCAGCAGGCACCAAGUGCCAUCAGUAAUGAGGGAGAGUUGAUCAACAAGGCCAAGGGGAAAAAAAGAAUCAAGGCAAUGAAGACCAAAGCAUCCAAUGAGACAGAAGGAAAAGUCUCCAGGGCAGCAAAAGUGGCUGUGGAAAAACCAAAGGACUUCACAGUUGACAAGAAAUCAGAGACAAUUCCCAAAGGAAAAAAACCUGGGACCAAAAGGCAAAAGACACAAAAGGAAAAGAAUGUGGCGAUCUCAGCAGAGCUAAGUGGAUCCAGGGGCCCACUUGGAGAAGCUGGGGACACCUCUGAAAGAGGCUUCAUCCGUUCACACUCUAUUACAGAGGCAGACCCUUGGUUUUCUCCACAAUAUGAUGUCCAAGAGACACAAGUUUCUAUAGACAGAAGGUCCUCACCCACUCAGCCUAUGACUGUCACUGACAACAUGGAAUAUAAGGAAGAGAAAAGCCCUGAAGACCUGGCAAAGGCCCUUCUCGCUAAGAAGGAGCAGGAAAAGGCUUCCAGGGACAGGCUUCGAGCAGAAAGGGCUGAGAUGAGGCAGCUGGAGGUGGAGAGGAAGAGAAGGGAGCAGGAAGAGGUAAGAAAGCUGCAGCAGGAGCACAUGGAGAGAGCAGAGAAGAUGAAGGAGGAGCUGGAGCUGGAGCAGCAGAGACGCACCGAAGAAAUCCGCCUGGAGAAACAGAGACUGGAAGAAAAACAGAGGCAGCAGCAGGAGGGGGAGAGAAAGCAAUGGCUCCAGUUGCAAGCAGCCCAGGAGAGGGCCCGACAACAGCAAGAGGAGUUUCGGAGGAAGUUGCAAGAAAUGCAUAGAAAAAGGCAGCAGGAGCAAGCUGAGAAGGCUGAGGAAGAGAAGCAGAGGCAGAAGGAACUGGAAAUGCAAGAACAAAAACGUCUGAUGGAAAUGGCUGAAGAAGAACGACUGGAAUACCAGUUGAGGAAACAGGAAGCAGAAGAGAAGGCUCGGCUAGAGGCUGAGGAGAGAAGGCAAAAGGAAGAGGAAGCAAAGCUGGCUAUGGAGGAAGCCAUGAAACAAGCCCAGGAGGAAGCCAGGCAAAAAGCUGCUUUGGAGAAACAAUUUCAUUUCAACCGAGAACUCCAUAAGGAAGCCAGUGGCUUGAAGUGGACACAGAACAUUUCCAGACCAUGGGUUUAUUCUUAUUUCCAGUUCCUACAAAUACCCAGACCAUAAGGCUAGAAGAAAACUAAAAAGUAAGUUGAGAGGUAAUCACAAAAGAGAAACUUUUUUUCAUAAUAAAGUUCCAUCCUGAACCUUAUUAGUUCAGUUUCACUUGGCUUUUCUGAGCCCAUACCUGACUUUUUCCUCUGGACCUUCCACUCCCAACUACCCUUGCACACGACACACACUCUGUUCUACCCAAAUGCUCUUCACCUAUUUAAAAUCUAUGUUCUCUAGAACUAGUUUCAGCUUCAGUGCAUAAAAUUACCCAGAUUCCAUAAUUUCAGUUUGAAACAGUAAAUCUUAGGAUGUUCAACCUCUUUCAUUCCACUUAA